UAGCUGCUGACGCGCUGGUGGUGACUAUUAAUCAUUCAGCAGCCCAGAGCGCGCCAGUUAAUGGCUGUGCGGCUCGGGGCUCCAGUCUCCCGGCCUCCCCACUCCAUGCUCGCGUGUGGCCAGGCGCUCGGGAGCCGCAAGCGGCUGCGCGCAGGCAGCGGUUGGGCGAUGAGGCCCGCUGGCGCGAGUCGGAGCCCAGCUCCCUGCAGCCGCUGUCCGCUACCCCCAGGCUCCCGGCGGCAGUGAGCUACCGGCUGGCAGCCCGGGUGCCGAGUGCGGGCGCAAGGGGCGGGGGCGCAGGAGAGCGCCCCAGCCCCAGCAGCCCCAUCGACCCUCAUCAGCGGAGAUGUUCCCCAAUGGCACCGCCUCCUCUUCCUCCUCUCCUAGCCCCAGCCCGUGCAGCUGUGGCGAAGGCAGCGGCAGCAGGGGCCCCGGGGCCCGCGCUGCGGACGGCAUGGAGGAGACCGGGAGAAAUGCGUCCCAGAAUGGGACCUUGAGCGAAGGCCAGGGCAGCGCCAUCCUCAUCUCUUUCAUCUACUCCGUGGUGUGCCUGGUGGGGCUGUGUGGGAACUCCAUGGUCAUCUACGUGAUCCUGCGCUACGCCAAGAUGAAGACGGCCACCAAUAUCUACAUCCUCAACCUGGCCAUUGCUGAUGAGCUGCUCAUGCUCAGCGUGCCCUUCUUAGUCACCUCCACGUUGCUUCGACACUGGCCCUUCGGCGCGCUGCUCUGUCGCCUCGUGCUCAGUGUGGACGCAGUCAACAUGUUCACCAGCAUCUACUGUCUUACUGUGCUCAGCGUGGACCGCUACGUGGCCGUGGUGCACCCCAUCAAGGCAGCACGCUACCGCCGGCCCACCGUGGCCAAGGUGGUGAAUUUGGGGGUGUGGGUGCUAUCGCUGCUCGUUAUUCUGCCCAUCGUGGUCUUCUCACGCACGGCGGCCAACAGUGACGGCACGGUGGCCUGCAACAUGCUCAUGCCCGAGCCCGCCCAGCGCUGGCUGGUGGGUUUCGUGUUGUACACAUUUCUUAUGGGCUUCCUGCUGCCCGUCGGGGCCAUCUGCCUGUGCUACGUGCUCAUCAUCGCAAAAAUGCGCAUGGUAGCUCUCAAAGCCGGCUGGCAGCAGCGCAAGCGCUCAGAGCGUAAGAUCACCCUGAUGGUGAUGAUGGUGGUGAUGGUGUUUGUCAUCUGUUGGAUGCCUUUCUAUGUAGUGCAGCUGGUAAAUGUGUUCGCAGAGCAGGACGACGCCACAGUGAGCCAGCUGUCGGUCAUCCUUGGCUAUGCCAAUAGCUGCGCCAACCCCAUCCUCUAUGGUUUCCUUUCGGACAACUUCAAGCGCUCUUUCCAGCGCAUCCUGUGCCUCAGCUGGAUGGACAACGCCGCGGAGGAGCCGGUAGAUUACUACGCCACCGCGCUCAAGAGUCGCGCCUACAGCGUGGAGGACUUUCAGCCGGAGAACCUGGAGUCCGGUGGCGUCUUCCGUAAUGGCACCUGCACCUCCCGCAUCACGACUCUCUGAGCUGGGGCCACUCGA